GGAUCUGAAAGGCUGAGCUCCUCCAUUUCCUCCACUCUAACAGACAAGUGAACACUGGACCAGGUUGACAGACAGACAAACAGACACAGACAUACAAAGACUACCGUGAUGCCGCUGGGGAAGAAAGUUCGCCCUUCUUCAGCUGCUGGGAAACUAGAGAUUCAGAAUGUGUCCAGCGUCUUUGCUGAGCUGGGGAGUGCAGGAGAGCGAGGGACUAAGAUGUCGGGGCCAGAGCAGCGGGGAGAGAGAUCGGACCCUGGUGUCGCGAGGGCGUACCUGGGGGCCGUGUCAGAGGACAGGCCACCUCCUAAGUGGCUGGAGCGUGAGCUGCUGAGACAGGAGAACCGUCGCCACUCUGUAACCAUGGGGGACCAGGYCAAACUGAGGUCACGACUACUCUACAGUGUCGAUCCCACACGCAGCCUCAGCAAGCUCAAGAUUGAGCAGAGAGUAUCCCUUGAAAGCCUGACAAAGCUCAAGCUGGCAUUUGAGGAAUUUGAAAUGGGUGGCCUGAGAUCACUGGAUGUGUUCAACUUUGGACUGAUAGUGAAGAAGUGUUUGGGCUUACACAACAUAAACAAUGCCCAGAUCCAAGAACUAUUCAUGAAGAUCGAUUAUUCUGGCCAGGGGAGGAUUGAAUGGGAUGAGUUCUGUACGUACAUGCAGUUGGAGUACACGGAGAAGGAGGAGUCAGUGUUGCGCGGCAAACAGGUGGCGUUCUCCCUGCCAGCCACGGUCAGGGCCCUAAGCCACGGAGAGCCCGUUCUGCGCGUCCACUCCACCCCCGAUGGCACCAUCAUCACCGUCCGCGAGGAUGGGGCUGUCUACUACUGGAGCCCCGAGCUCAACCUGAAGAGGAGCAAGAGCGUUGAGACAUGGUUUAGGCUGCCAGUGCGUGCUAGACUAGAGGCUCACCAGUAG